AUGGAAAGAGCACACAGCCUUGCACACGACGCGACAACGGAGAGCAGGGAGAUUGAUCCUCCGCCAUGGGCGAAGAUCCAGCUCCGAGCGUCCGCGCUGCGGUGGGCACGUUUGAGCGCGGUAGAUCACCGACGAAGCGUUUUCCGACAGUCAGUAGCUGGCCAGUACGCUCGCCAGCUGGACUGGGCCCUCCAGGGUCCCCAUCGAAUUUAUGAUUGCUUCGAUCGGGAGAAGGCAUCCGUUCUAGCUGAGCAUCGCACGGGACAUGCUAGAUUUAACGGGUAUCUUCAUCGGAUUGGUCAGAGUGAAAGCGACUUGUGCGCGUGUGGUGUCGAACGCGAAACAGUUCAGCACUUCCUGUUCCAAUGCACGCAAUGGAACGAACAACGUCGCGUUCUCAUUGACGCGGUUGGCUCCAACUACGGUAGUCUGCCGUAUAUGCUAGGAGGUAAACCGGAGAGUGUGGACGGUACGAAUGAGCAGAACAGAAGAGCGUGGAAACAUGAUAUCAAGGUCAUCAAAGCAGUUGUCGCUUUCGCGGUUGAGACUAAAAGAUUGAUGUAUGAAAGGCACUGA